AUGCGAAGAGCCACAAUGGCAGGAAUGCCAGCAAGAAAUUCACUUUCUUCGGAAAUAAGUAGAUUAACACUAAGUGAAGACCCCAGAAGAAAACAAAGGAAUCCAAGAGAAAAAACCCAUCAGGAAGAGAAUAUAAAUAUUAUCAUAAACUUUCUCUCAUCCACUGAGUAUGACAGGCCCUUUUCUCAUGCUCUGUUAAGUAAUCCAUCGUCGAAAGACUUUCAAUCUAUUUUUAGGCACAUUCAGUCUUUUAUUGAUCCAACUGCAGAGUUUACAAAGAGAAUUGAAGAUGAAGCGCCUUUAUUUCUGCGAGCAAUAAAGUAUCCGUACAUUUCUGAGAUAAAUAGAAGUCAGCUUAUAGCAAUAACACCGCAUACAUGGCCGGUGCUAUUGUCUAUGCUUGGCUGGCUGGUGAAGACUGUUAAUAGUGUAUAUGAGCUAAUGGACGUUCCAUCAAUUGAAGAAGAGUCUAAAAGCAUUUUCUAUGAGUUUUUGUACAAAGAGUAUUCAAACUACAUGGAAGGAAGGGACAGCAAUGAUCUGGAAGAGGCAGUAGAAAGAGAAAUAGCACAAAAAAACAAGGAAAGAAUAAAAAUAGCAGAAGAGAAAAAAGAGCAUCUAAAAAGGCUUAAAGCUGAAAUAAAGAAUGAAACAUUCAAUGAUUUGGAAGAGGUAAUAGAAAAGCAGAAGCAAACACAAAUUGACCUAGAGAAAAUCACAAAUCUGCGAAAGUCACAGGAGAUAAAGAACAAAAAUUAUAAAAAGGCGCUGGAAGAAACUGUAAAGGCAUAUACAAAGCUAAAGGAAGAUGCAGAUAGGAUUCUUCAGAAAAAGCAAGAGCUAGAGGAGGAAAUAAAGAUGCAGCCAAUAAAGCCGGAGCAUGUACAGGAAAUGACAUAUGAAAGAGACCAGUUAAUAAAGUCAUUAGAAGAGAUAAAAAGGUCAAAAACAAUUCUAAUACGAGAGAUUGACCUUAAGAACCAAAUGAUAAAGACUCAGGUAGAGGAAUUUGAAAGAAUUCUGGCAGAUAUUAAGAAAAUUCGGACGGGUAUAAAUAUUGGAAUAGAAAUUAAACGGAAAAAAACAGCCACAGACUUUUUGGAGUAUGAAGAAUAUACAAUAGAGGGAGACAUUUUAGCACACGAGCAGUUUGCCAAGGAAAAACUUGAAUCACUGCAGAAAGAAAUUGAGCAGAUAGAAGCUGCAGCUGAAAAAGAAAAAGAGAAAAACAUUCUAUUGACAGAAACACACAGUGCACUGUCCGAUGAAAUCGAACAGAAAGAAGAGCGAGUAAAGGUGCACGCGCAGGUUUACAUUGAAAAGAAAGAAGCAACAGAGGAAGAGUAUAAAAUGACUGUUGGAAGAGUGGACAAGGCAGAAACCGAAUUAUUGAAAAUACAAGCAGAGGGAGAUAAUGGGCUCUUCCAAAGUGAGCAAGCAUUAGAAAGAAUAAAAAUAAGGAAGGGCAGAAUUCUCAGCAAAAUUGCUGUGGAGGAAGCUGAAACACAGAAAAUUACAGCAAUAGUAGCAGCAAACAUUCAAAGCUUAAAAGAAAGACUGGAGGAGGCCAAGACCACUCUUGAAGUAUCCCCCCAGUAACAACCGUAAAAUAAAAACAAACUAAUCAGCC